CAAAGAUUAUCACAAACUGUUAAAUGAGUGUAUAUACUUUAUGUAAACAUUGUGAACUUAUCAGGAAUAUUUGAAUGAGAUAGUCAGAAUGGGAUCGGAACAAAGCUCUCAAGGCGGCACACAGGGUGCUAACGCCAAUAGAACAAGAAUUGCGCCAUUAAGACGUGGUAAAAGUGUACCGAAUCGUGAAAGGCUACCAGAGGACACACCACCUAGGUGCACCAGUCCUGGUGCCAGCAUUUGUUCGGAUUCUGACCUACCGUAUAUAUCAUACACAGUGAACAGACCCAUUGGAGACUCACCAAAAAUGACUAAUAAACAAUCACAGUUAUACAGAGGCAAGAGUUUGGGUGCACAAGAUAUAUCUAGACGUAAAAAUAGCUUAGGCUCUAACAGUUACAGAAAAACUACCUCUGAUAAACUUCACAACAUAGUAGUAGUGAAACCAGCUGCCGCAGACCGUACAGCUGACAAGGAUCCAGAUUUGGUUAGACUACAAAGUAUCCCCAUGUUCCUACCCAUCAUGCGUGGUACCCUCAAUUUACCACCAGGUGUCAGGGACCCGGAAGUCCUGGAGAGGCUGGAUCCGAUCGGUCUUUUCAAUCUAUGCGCACGCUAUCAGCAUCACCUUAACACUAAUGCUCAAAUGAUUGCUGGGGAACAGACUACUCUGUUUAUCAAUAUUGAACCGGAAGUGACCAAGAUUCUUUAUAUGGCAACCGAAAGGCAAAAGAAGUUCUCUAAAUUUGCUGAACAACUGAGCAAAAUACACGAGCUUAGCAAGCAACUGACUAAGUGUCAUUCCCUUCUUAAUCAGACACUAGAAAGUCUAGAGACAUUGAACAAUCUUUUACCAAUUGAAGAGAGAUUGGAACCGUUUGUAUGGACUACUGGAUAGAAUGUCAAAGGUAUGAAGAGGUAGAAGCUAAAUUUGACCCAAAAGUACAUUGCACUGGUGCUAACAUAAUUUGGGUCGACCUAUUAGAAUCUUUUUUUAUUUCUAUUUCCUUUCUUAUUGUUCAGAGUAAAUCUAUUCUAAUAACCCUUAUCCAAAGACUUCUAGUACCAACACAUGUAUUGCACAGAGAACUCUUCUAUGAAAACUUAUACUAUA